CCCGGUUCUCUUAACGCUCUUGUCCGUGAGCUCGUCCGGAGGAACCUCGGGCUGGCAAGAGCCUGAUCAUGGCAACCAAGUGGGGAAUUUGCACGGCGGGGAAGAUCAGCAAUGACUUCGCGGUGGCCCUGAAGAGCCUGCCGCCAGAGGAGCACGAGGUGGUAGCUGUGGCUGCUCGUAAGCUUGAAGAUGCUCAAGAAUUUGCUAAGAAAUUCAACAUCCCUCAGGCCUAUGGGAGCUACGAAGAGUUGGCAAGAGACCCGCAGAUCGAUGUGGUGUAUGUAGGCUCUAUCCACCCGUACCACCUUCCACUGGGGGAGAUGUUUCUGAACUCCCGAAAAAAUGUGCUGUGUGAGAAACCCCUUGCCAUCAAUGCCAGAGAAGUACAGUGCCUUACAGCUGCAGCCAAAAAGAACGACGUCUUCCUGAUGGAGGCUGUGUGGACGCGAUUCUUCCCAGUGUCCUGGGAAGUGAGCCGACUGUUGACCCAGGGUGAAGUAGGCGAGGUCAAGAUAGUCGAGAGUCGCUUUGGCUUCAACCUGAAGCAUAUUCCCCGAUCGGUUGAGAAGGAGCUGUGUGGGGGAGCGCUCCUGGACCUCGGAAUAUACUGCCUGCAGUUUGUCCUCAUGGUUUACCAAGCCGAGAGGCCCGAAUCCCUCCAGGCCACAGGGGUCUGCCUGGACACAGGAGUGGACGAAACCAUGAUGAUCACCCUGAAGUUCUCGAGGAACAGGUUGGCUGUGAUCACCUGUAGCAUUGCCAUGGAGCUUCCUAAUGACGCCUUGAUCUUUGGUACAAAGGGGACCAUAAAGAUUCCCUCCCAUAUGUGGUGUCCCACUUCACUGGUGGUAAAUGGGAAGGAGGCGCACUACCCCCUGCCGGAGCCAUGCCUCCCGUUAAACUUUGCCCAUGGCACAGGCAUGCGCUACGAGGCAGAAGAGGUCCGCCAAUGCCUGCUUAAAGGUCUUAGAGAAAGCAGUCGGAUGCCUUUAGCAGAUUCCUUCUUGCUGGCCGAGCUGAUGGACGAGGCCAGGCGUCAGGUCGGCGUGGUGUACAGCCAGGAUGCCAUCUGAGCAGUGUGCCAUCCAUGCAGUGGCUCACCUACCUGGCAUGCUGAGGCUCUGACCAAUAAAG